CUUUCAUUUUCGGUACCAAAAUGGUCAUUUCGUCAGCUAAAUGAUAGUGCCCGUGGCUUCAGCUGAGACGGAGGAGGAGGUGCCAGCGUUGAAAAGGAAGGGUUGGGAGGAGAGGAGGGCACUGCAGAAGAAGCAAAAAGUGGUGGAGGAGGAAGAGGGGAAUGGGGUUCCUGAGUUCGUACCUCAGCCUCCUCCUGUUGAGCUGAACAUUGAGCUCAGACGGUUGGAGGAGGGGGCUGAGGUACGGACUCCUGGUAAGGGAAAGGGCCCUGUUUCCCCAGUGGUGCCUCAGAGCAGCCUGUUCGAGGGAAAUAACGUAAUGGGGGCUAGGUGGUUCAUCAACAGCACUUUCCCCGAAGUGGACAAGCGCCACGCGCGGGAGGAAGCUCUGAGGUACAGGGGAGCAUCUGUUGUGAAGCAUGUUCUUGAGAGCGCGAGCUCGGUGAAUGGUCUAGCCCAUGAGUUUAGGGAGAGUAUAAAGGAGCGCGCACUCUUGCAGAGGCAGUGUGACCAGCUGCAGAAGGAGAAGGAGGAGCUGGAGAAGAAAAAUAUAGAUCUGCAAGAGUCGUUGGACGAGGUGGUUCCAACUUUGAAGCAGUUGGAGCAGGAGAGAGCUUCCCUGAGCACCAAGCUCGGCUUUGAAGAGAGCAAACAAAAGAUCUCUGAAAGCGAGCGUGAGGCUCAGGCGCAAGAACUAAAGCUAACGAAGGAGGCUUUCUUGGAGCUGAAGGGGAAUGUGCAGACAUUGGUGCACAAUGGGAUGAAGGAGCACAUUAGCAACUUCAUCAGCUCCAGCUCGUUUGACAACAUCGUCAACUUAUACCAACUAUCGACUGCCAUAACGGACUGCAGGAAGAAGGUGAAGGCAGAAUAUCCUGAAAUCAAACUGAGGUGGGAGGAUGAUGCAAACGGGCAUGCUGUUUUCCCUCCACAGUUCAACUUCGAGUUCGUGGCAGUGGAGGAAGAAGGGGCAGAGGUAGAGGAAGAUGAGAUGGAGGCAAGAGUGGAGGGAGCUGAAGUGGAUGAAAACCAACCAGGUCCAGAAGUAGAGAUUCAUCCAGUUCCUUCUGACGAUGAUCAGCCUCUUCUGCCAGACGAGCAGCAGCCAACACAGCCACCUCCUCCAGCUGAGUAGGAGCCAAUGCAGUCACCUCUCCAGUAGAGAACUUUUGUUUUUUUUUUUUUUUUUAAGUUUUGUAAAACAUUGAAACAAUUUGUAAUUCUUCCUUGAAUGAAAAUUCAUUUUUAAAAUCAUGUGUUUGUUUGUGUUUGCUUUACAUUUUUGUUAUUAUUAUUUUUUAUUAAUAAAAGAACUGAGAUUAU